AUGGAAAUAAGGCGACGCUGUGUGAGUUCAGGCCCCAGCAGGAGCAAGGACCGCCGCCGGGGCAACGGGCCGGUCCCAGGAAUCCGCUUUUCCGUGUUUUUCCUUACCGGCCCCCGCACUAGCGCACCCGCGGCGGGAGGCGCCCCCGGCGGGCCGAGGCGGGCGGUGCCGACCCCCAGCGCUGACCGCGCCCGCCGGGCGGGCCGAGGCCCUGGGCCGAGCGGGGCGCUGCUCCCCGCGCUCCCGCUCCCAUCCGCGCCGCGGGGCCCGCGGGGCGCAUGGCCACCGCUGCGGCGGGACGGCCGGGGUGACCGCGGCCAGCGGCUGGGCUGCGCGGGGCUGGCGGGCGCGCUAGAGCUUGAGCUAGACGGCGCGCGACUGGAGCUGCUGACGAGUGCUGGCGCAGGUGGGCACCUGGACUGCCGGCGGGGGCUGCGCGAAGCCGGGGCGCUGCCUUUGUGCCGCCACCGAGGGCCUGCUUGUGGCCGCUGCUGGAAGGGGAACCUCACCGCCUGCCUGCGCCUCUGCCCCUACAGCGCGCUCCAGAUCGCCGCCUCCCGCCGACUUGUUAUACUUUUCGCGGAUGAGCUGGGUCAUGUCUCCCACUGGAGAGCCAUCAUGGCAGGAAGUCUGGCUGGCAUGGUUGCAACCAUCGUGACAUACCCCACUGACGUGAUUAAAACACGGCUCAUUGUGCAGAACCGACUGGAACCAUCUUAUGAGGGAAUUCUUCAUGCUUUUUACAAAAUUUAUCGUCAAGAAGGACUCCGUGCUCUCUACCGUGGUGUUUCACCAGCUAUAUUAGGUGCUGUCCCAUUUUCUGCAGGCUCAUUCUUUGUUUACAUCAGUCUGGACAAAAUCUGGCAAGAGCCCAUAGUUCGGUUCACUCCUCUUCAGAACUUCAUAAAUGGCUGUGUAGCAGCUGGUGUGGCCCAGACACUUUCUUUCCCCUUUGAGACUGUCAAGAGGAAGAUGCAGGCCCAGAGUCCUUGGCUUCCCCACUAUGGAGGAGUUGAUGUCCAUUUUACUGGCAUGGCUGACUGUUUCCGGCAAACUGUGAAGAACAAAGGUGUGCUUGGACUUUGGAAUGGACUCACACCCAGUCUGCUCAAGAUUGUCCCGUACUUUGGUGUUAUGUUUAGCACCUUUGAAUUCUGCAAGCGGGUCUGUCUGUACAGAAAUGGUUAUAUUGAAUCUCCUUUAAAUUACAAGCUGACUCCUGGUGUGGACCAGAGCUUACAGCCACAAGAACUGAGAGAAUUAAAGCGCUUCCGAAGGGAAAAUUUUGAGCCAAGGAAAUCGGCUCUUGAAAACUGAUUUCAGAGUGUCCACUGCAGAUAUACCAACUACUUUUCUUAAGGAACUUUGCAAGAAAGACAUACUGAGCUACAGGUACUGGCGUUUCAGCAGAUUGCAUGGUUUUAGCACUGAGACACCUGUGACAGAAAAGAAUAAACCUUGUAUUUCAUUUGCUGAAUGGAUAUAAACAAUUUAAAUAGCAACCACAUACUGAAGAGGAGACUUGCAACCAAUUUGAAAACUCUCUACUGCUGGAACUUGAAAUGGCAUUAUUUUAGGUGUUUUUUAAUACUGAGUAACAACUUGAGAUUAAACCAAUUGCAGAAAGGCGAGAGAACAGAGAUGAGAUUAUAAAUUGUAUCUUCAAAGCCAUUAAGAAAAUUCAAAUGGUUUUUUUUAAGCAAUCUGAGAUACCAAGUCAGCCAAACAUGAUAAAACAAACUAGAAUCCAUGCAACAUGCAAGAAUUUCUACUGAAGUCUCCAGGUUUUUUAGUGAUACUGUGUGGACAUGGCAUUCUGCCAAGCCAGAAUUAGUCUCAGUUCAGUUACACUCCCAAAUCCACACCUCAGUUUUUGAGACUUACUCGAGAAUAAUAAUUGUGUGUGAAACUCCAGCACAAAGAUGAAAACAUGCUGCUGCAACUAUGCUUUUGCUAAGAGAGAACUGUAAUGUGCAAAAUGGACUGCAAUACACUGGAAUGACAAUCUUGCAAACUUAAGUGCAUACUAGGAAAUCUUCCUCCCUUUCUUGUGUGUUGCUUCUGCACCUAUGUGAAUUAUUUCAGUUUGAAAAAUAGUUUUCCUGAAGUUCUCUAACUGAAAUAUUUCCUGAAAAAUGCAGUUCUUAGGUGUGUUAGGUAUUUCAGAGCCACGAGCCUUGUCAUGUUGUUUUGGUAUUCUUAAAGCUCUAUUUUUAUAUUAGACCACUUUUUAGUUUCACUGCACAGACCUAGGCCUGCUGUGCUGCCCGGAAUGUGCCAGCAGAAUAGCACCGUGCACACCACCUGUGAUUGCUCCACUUUAACUGCUGUGAUCCAGGAGCUGCAGACAGAUCCUGUGUGUAGGAGCUUCUCUGCAAGACCACGAGGUUACUGCCAGUGCCAAUGCAAUUGAUGGGAAUCUGACCAGCCUUGGGAGGUUUUGGACAAUAAAAGAUCAUCUGAGGACCUGUGA